AUGUUGCGCUUCUCCUACCCUGCCACAAGAGCCCUUAGGGGCCCCCCUAGGGGCCCCCUUAGGAGUCUCCGCGUGGGCUUUUAUCGGGGCCGUCUGGGGCCCUCGGGAAGGAGAGACAGCGGCAGCAGCAGCAGCAAUGCCAUUGCAGCAUGCGCAGGGGCAGCAAGAACAGAGGCAGAAGGGCCGCCUCUAGACUGCCGUACGGGCGAUGGAUCCGUUGUAUUUGUCAAUCAUGGGGUUUUGUUGCGGCGAACUACAGUAGCAGCGCCAACAGCAGCAGCAUUGCACCGCAGCAGCCGAGGUGUCUCCACAGCGCAGCACCGCCGUCCUCAUGCGGCGCCCUUCCGGGGGGGCCCCAGCGUCUUCGACUUCUCAGAGGCCGCCUCAGAAGAUCCGCUGGCGAACACGUUUGAGGCCCCUGCAACAGCAGCAGCAGCAGCGGCGGCAGCAACAGCAGGAACAGCCGCUGCGCAAGCAGCAGCAGCUACUACUGAAGCAGCAGCACGAAAAGAAAUGGGAACCAGUGCCAGCGACGCGUAUACCCUUUCUUCUCAUCAGAACGAUAGGGGUUGGCCCCUCGCGGGGCUGAACAAGAGGAGGCCUAGAGCAUUUGUACUGAAUGCUGGGUAUCAGCAGCAGCAGCAGCACCAGCACCCACAGCAGCAGCAACAACAACGACAGCAGCAGCCACAUCACGGGGUUCAAGGGGAUGCGGUAGGCAUUCUGGGCACCUCGCAGACAAUUCCUGUUCCCACAGGGGCAAAUGGUGGGUCUGCUGCAGACGCUGCUGUUAGUGCAGCUAAUGCUGCUGCUGAGGUUGCUGCUAAAGCUGCUGCUGUCGAGAUGCUGCAGGGGCAGUGGAGGCUGCUGCGGCGAGCGGUGCAGCAGCAGCGGGAGGUGCUGCCGUAUAGGGCAGCCGCAAAUCUGCCGUUACUAUUGGAAGACACUGCUGCAGCCCUCCAGCAGGCAGAAGAGACAAAUAAAGGUGCAGCACCAACAGCAGCAACAGCAGCAGCAGCAGAAGCCGGAACAGCACCUGCGGCAACAGGAGCUGCAGCUGCAACAGGCCCCGAGGAGUCGCUUCUGCGGCUCUCCCUGAACGUGUUGGCAUUUAGCGCCAUCUGCUUAGAGAGAGAAAUCAAAGGGUUUGCUGCAGCAGCAGCAGCAGCAGCUGCUGCUGCUGCAGGCGCAGAAAUCCGCAUGGAUCGCUUAUCUCUGCAGCAGCUACUGCCGCAGACGCGUCAGCAACGUAGCCGAGGCAGCAGCACGGGCAGCAGUAUUGGCAAGAUCAGCAGCAGAAGCAGCCAAGUCCCGCCUCUUUAUAUGCCACCUGCGCUGCUGCUGCAGGCAGCGGGUGUCGUUAUAAGGUGGUUGCAGCAGCAGCAUCAGUGUUUAGCAGCAGGGAGCUCCCGCUUGGAUGUGCUGCAGCCCACCGAGGCAGCUGCUGCCAUGCGGUCUGUUUAG